AUGACUGAAGACCAGGACUUGAUGGCUAAGAUCAGCCAGCUUGCUGGCCAGAUUAACAGGCACAAGAAUGGAACACCGCAGACGCAGUCGCAGUCGCCCCAACCUGGAGAGCCGCACGCGGGUCCCCAUGUAUCACGACAUACCUCGUACCGUGGGCGCCCUGGCUGGGCUCCUUACAGAGGACGGCCGUACGGGCGAGGGCGUGGAGCAGCUCCCCACCGCCACCGUACCCUCAUUCUCAAUAACUCGACGACCUCAGCUUCGCAGAAUGCAACCCCUCCCGAUGCCAUGGCGGUAGAUUCAGACGAGCAAAGCCGUUCAGCGACGCCGAAUGCCUGGGUGACAAAGCACGCGCGACAUAUGCAGCUAAUCAACUCUGCAGUUUAUGACAAAGAAGCACAGAAAAGAGUUAAGGCCCUGGAGGAAACCCGCAAAGCGAAGACGCAGAAAAAAGCACAGGCCGAGCAGGCGAAGGUGCUGCAGUUUGCGCAAGGCGUGGGUAGACAGUUUCCCUCCGCACCGCAGGCUCCUGCCACGGGGACAUCAUCCGGGGAGUACCAGAUAUUUCUCAACGACAUCCCAUUCCGCGUGUCGCGCGGAGGUGGCAAGCUGAUCAGAGUUUCUAGUGCGAACCCCGCUCAUUCCGUCCUGGUAGGAAGAGCUGGCUUACAGUUAGUAGAUGACCCGACCACUGCGAACAAUACGCCCAAGCGGGUGAAAGUUGCUGGUGUGACAUUUGUCCGGAGCAAGAACGGCAACCUUCAUCGACUAGGGGCAGUAGCCUCGAAAAGGAUGCCAUCGGCAAUUAAGAAAAAGGACGAGCUUUGCCAAAGAUUCACAACGACGGGUACCUGCUACAAGGGGCCUUCAUGUCUGUACGUUCAUGACCCGAACAAAGUCGCUAUUUGCAAGGAUUUCCUUCAGACAGGCAAAUGUAGCGCAGGUAAUAGUUGCGAUUUGUCACACGAGCCGUCCCCUCAUAGAUCCCCUGCUUGUGUACAUUUCCUUCGGGGUCGUUGUUCUAACCCAGAAUGUCGCUAUGCCCACGUCCGGGUCACGCCCGGAGCGCCCGUGUGUAGGGCUUUUGCAUCAUUGGGGUACUGUGACAAGGGCGAAGAAUGUGAGGAGCGACAUGUUCACGAAUGCCCAGACUAUGCGAACGCAGGUGUUUGCAAGAAAAAGAACUGUCGACUACCACAUGUCGAUCGUGCUGGACAGAUUCGAAAGAAUGCUGCUCCAAAGGAAGACGCCGCUGAUGGUGGUGAAGAGUCUGAUGCUUCUAGCGAAGAAGAAGAGUAUGACGAGAUCGGUUCCGAUGAUGUCGACUCUGAUUAUCUUUCCGAUGAGGGAGAGCUCAUCGAAGGAGCGGAGACUGGUGAAAUCUCGAAGCAGCAGGAUUUCAUCAGCCUCUGA